AUGGCCUAUCCCUACCACCACCACGUGCACUACCGUCCCCGCCGCUGUGGCGGUUUCCUCCGCGGUGUGCUCCUAGUCGGACUGGGAUUCUGGAUCGCCCGGGCCACAGAGCGAAGGCACCACUUGGAAGGUCCGCGGGGCCCCUGGGCUGCUCCGCCUCCCAACUCCCAGUCUUCGAACUCUUCAAGCUCCACUAGCAGUGCCCCCUCUGAGGGUUCUGAAGGCGGGGUUUGGGGAAGGGGAGGCUGGUGUCGUCGUCGUCGCGAGGAAGCCAUACCUGGAGGACCGGUAGCCUACGGCCCCGCCGAGGUGCGCGGGGAGGAUGUGCCCGCCGUCCUGGCUGCGCUGGCAGCGUUCCAGAGGGCUCAUCCCGACCCUUCUGCCCCCUCCGGCAUGCCCGUCACGCCCGCCACGCCCAUCGCUCCCACCGCUCCCCCCGGCGAGAGGGACGAGAGGGAGAAGGAGAGCGCGCCACCCGUCACAGAAGCCAGCACAGCCAGCACAGACGUCGCGCAGAGCAAGACCUUAACGGAUCAACGCAAGAUGGAAGAGGACCUGGCCCGGAUCGACCGUAUGUCUGCGGCAUUGCAGAGAUUGCGUGAGGCGAUUGAGAAGGAUGGCCACGGCCCACGCUUGGUCUAA